GGCAAUGGACCACCGGCUGCAGAAUUUGGACUUGGUUUGAAGGGGGGACAAUUUGGACUCGCUGAGCUGCAAAGUGCAACGGGUUGGUUCCCCUUGUUGCUUCGACUUUUCUCGCCGUCCGAUCCAAGAUCGUGCGGACCACAGCUCGAGCCGCCGGCAAUUGCAUAGUCCGCGAGGACCCCGACGCUCGAACCCACCCUCUCCGGCCCGUCCCUCGUCCCCGCGUCCGACGACCUGCUCCACCGCGCCGAUCGACCCCGUCUCACCCACGCUGCCGCCGGUGAUCCGGGAGGCAGUCGAGGGGACAGCGCGCGACCGGAGGGGAUGCGGCAGCAGCGGGGCGUCGGCAGGGGCGGGGGCCGGCGGGAUCCCGGGCUGCUGACCAGGGUGGUGGACAAGGUCUUCCGCUUCGUCCGCCUCGCCGAGUUCGAGAUCCUCUUUGUCCUCUUCUUCCUCAUCGCCUUCAUCCUCUUCAAGGAUCUCAUGUCUCGACCAGACUACAACCAGAUCUUUGUCAAGAAGCCUGAUCAAGAUGACCGCUGGCCUUAGAGGGUAGGAAUCAUAAGUAGUGUAAUCAUCUUUUUCUUACUGUGUUGCGGUAUGUACAUUCUGUAGAGGCUCAUUUAAGUUUCCUUGUUAUGACUACUUAUUCGAUACUUUAAAGAUGCUUUUGACA